AUGUCUCCAUUACUUUUGGAGGUUUUGCUACUGAUGACUGCCUCAAGUUAUGGCGAUCGAGACGGUCAAAACACAUCACCAUCUCCGCCUCCGGUUGUCCAGACUCAGCUGGGAGCAAUCAGCGGAAGGAUGCUGACUGCCAAGAACGGGAGACAAUACGAAGCUUUCCGAGGCAUUCCGUACGCCGGGCCACCUGUAGGAGACCUGCGCUUCUCGAAGCCCCAGCCUCAUCCUCCUUUUGACCAGGGACGAUUUGAUGCUGGAGAAUAUGGAAACUUUUGUUUGCAGGGUGCUUCAGGAAUGUUAAAGUACAGGAGUGGUAACAUCUACAACCCUGGAGUUCUUGUAACUAACGGUAGUAUCGUCGUCGUAACCUUGAACUACCGCCUUGGUGUCGGCUUCCUCAGCACGGGCGACCCGACACUACCUGGUAACUACGGCCUGUGGGACCAGCACCUGGCCAUCCAGUGGGUCAAGGACAACAUCCAAGCUUUCAACGGUGACCCUGACAAGAUCACCAUCGGAGGCGAGUCUGCGGGGUCAGCCAGCGUUGCGUUCCACACCUUAACGCCUUUGUCACGAGGGCUGUUCGCCAGAGCCAUCCUGCAGAGCGGCACCGCCACGUCGUCAUGGGCGCUACAGAGAAAGCCGCUGGACCAGGCACAAAAGCUGGCACUCAACCUCACCUGUCCGUCUCCACGCUCCUCCACCAACUUUGAGGGCGUCCCUGUAGACAUUCUCCGAGCAUCAAUCCAGGACACAACGUUAGCCAAGGCAGCUGUGGACUUCGUGUUUUUACCAACAGUAGAUGCGGAAUUUGUGACGAAAAAUCCUGCAGACACCUUGAAUGAUAAUGAAUAUCUAGGACAGAUCGGGUUCUACGAGAGAGACUACCUCAGUGGCUGUGUCAACAACGAAGGGGCAUCCCUCUCCAUUCAAAUGUUUGAGUUAAAGAGAAACGAGUCACUGGUUCUGAAUCCAGUAUUCUAUGACCUUGACCUCGUGCCCCUUCUGAUAGAACAGAAGUUUGGAAAUACCUCAGCAGCUGCCGAAGAAGUCGUCAAGUUUUUCUAUACUUCCCCGAGGUAUUCAGAGCUGCUGGACAAGAAACAAGUGCUGGACACUGCAGGAGAUGCUGGUUUCUACGUGCCACUCACAGAAUUCGCACGCGCUGUGGCCAGGGGUCGAAGUUCAGCGCGAAGAAACCUCGUGUACAUUUUCGAUCACUAUCCCGCGUUUGUGUCAGACGGAUACCUGGGUACACCACACGCAGAUGAUUUGCUGUACGAAUUCGACAUUGAUGGGCUGAUCAACGCCAGUCUCUGGACUGCUGAUGAUGACCGCCUUCGUGAGGUCUUCAUGUCGGUGAUCCUGGAUUUUGUGAAAUCAGGAAAUCCCGACGGCGCACUUCGGUCAUCUCUGCAGGAUGGCUGGCCGGAUUUCGAUCUCAUCAACGAGAGUUAUCUGUCCAUUAAAGUCAACUCAUCAUCAAUACAGCAUCAUAUCCGCCCACGCGAGACUUCACUGUGGCUCAACUUACUUCCAACCCUCCUGGACUCAGCGUUUGGUCGGACAAACCACUCAUCAUCCCACGUGAUGACUUUGUCCGAGUUGAUAGGCUGACCAUAUCACCAGAGAAAUCUGUAACCAUAGAGUACUUAAUGCCUUAUGUCAUGACAAGAACUAAAUAUUUGUUUUCUGUGGGGCUCAGUAACGGAGGUAGAGUGAUUAUGCUACCCGCAAAAUUCUUAUGAAAAUGUUGUCGCAGAUUAAGCAUUGUUUUCCUCAUUUCCAAGAUUUUUUUAAAUACUGGAAAAAAAAUUAACAGAAAGUCCUUUUGUCUACCUCGGCUUUAGAAAAUACGUGAAAGUGAAAUAAAGUUGUUUUUAAAUGUG